AUGGACCUACUUACCGCCCUACGAACGACAAUUCAACGCAAAUAUCAAGCCAAGCCUACAUUGGGUCUCAAAAUGGACCAACCAUCUUACGACUACAACCGUUUCACACCCGACCCCGACGACGUCCUACAAGACAGCAUCAAAUACUUAUCCGACCUACAACCACUGCUAGCGAACCUGAAUGACACUUCCUACGAAGCAUAUCUUCUCGAAUCCAUGGCCCAAAUGAUAUACACCAGCAACCUCCUCGAAAACGCCGGAUCGAGCCAUCCACUCACCCUCGGACUCGGCCAAUUCAUCUUUGCCAGCUCCCCCAUCGAAGACUCCUCAUUCCCCAUCCAUUCCACAGACUACUCAGCCUUCCGCUCCUACCUACUCAGCAAAUCUCGCAAAGCAGACCACGAAGCAAUCCUCCGCUCCCGAAAACAAAUCAUCCAACACGCGCUCGCGAUGAAAUACAUCGUCCAACACAUGAUAAUAUCCAACGAAAACCUCUCAGAAGACCUCCUAAAGGAAACACAUAAAAUCCUAACCUUCCAAAUCGACGCCGAUAACGACGAGAGAGAUAAAUCCGAGACGUACAGCGGUAUAUACCGCACGUCGAACGUCGGACACACAUUCGUGUCCUUCCUCCCCCCCUCAGAAAUCGCCGGCGCCAUAACCCUCGCUAUCUCAUCCUUCACCCACGACCUAGCCACCGCAGAACAAUCAGGGACGUUAGACAUCUACGCAUUCGCCACCAAAAUCCACCACACAAUCCUAAACAUCCAUCCUUUCCUCGACGGGAAUAGCUGACUUAGUCGCUUGGUGAUAAAUACGAUCUUGCUCAAGUAUCUAGGGAUCGUGAUCCCGAUCGGACGGGAUGGGGUCGAGGCUGCGAAGUGGAAGGAGACGGUGACGCGCGCGAAUGAGAUCGGGUUGCUGGGUGAGGAGUAUAGGGGGAGUAAGCCGGCGUGGGCGGAGGUUUGUACUUUGGUUGCGAUUCAGGGAUGGGAGGCGUUGGAGGUGCUGAAGG